AAUUUUCGACGAAUUAGCGCCUCCUAUCGUUCGUUUUUAGUAGUGUUAAGAGCAAAUGCGUUGUUUUUAAUCGAAAUCAUCAUUAAAUAAAAGGAGUUAACAAAUAUAUUAUUGAUUAAAAUAGAUAUGUAUGUUGGCGUCUACUUAAUUUUCGUCAUCAGUAUUUUACAAUGUAAUGGCAAAGAAUUAUUUACAAAUGAUAAGCCGCUUCAUCCUUUACUAAAGGAUAAUAUCUACAUUGGAGCACAUCAGUUUAUUAGAAAUCUGGAAAAUAGUUUGCAAGAUAUUGAAAAUCAUAAAUCUUUAAAGAAUGCACUAUCAUUUUUAAAAGCUGAUGAUUAUCAAAAGCAGGCUGAAAACACUCUUAAAAGUAUAAAAAAUAAAAAUCUAAAUAACACAUGUCUUCUUGAUCUCAAAAAUAUCGGUUUAAGUGCUUCAAAACGACAAAAAUGGGCUAUUGAAGUUUUCGAUUCGUGGGCUAAACUUCCACCUGGAAUUCUUCAAGGACACAUUAUAGUUAAAGGUAGCUUUCCACAAUGUAAAGGCGUUAAUGUUCCACGAACGAAUCUGACAAACUUUGAUGUUAACUAUUUCACAAUUGGGUUUGCCAAAAAAUCGAAGAGUUCUUUACCUUUUCUAGCACCAGUUAUUGGAAUAUGCCUACCUGAUACAUGCACAAACAUCGAAGUAUUCAAUUACGUAAAUUUUCUCUUACCAUUCAACUCAUCAUAUCAUGUUGGUAGUGUCACCAAAGCAGAAAUCCCACCGUUAGAUAAUGGAGCCAAAGCAACUAUAGCUAUAUUUGCAAUCUUAGGUUUUCUGGUAUUGAUUGCAACAAUUUAUGAUUUUUUUGGAGCAUAUUUUCAAAGUAAGAAAACCGAAGAUACAGAACAUCUCAUUGCAGAAGAUACCACCUCAAUUAAUGAUUUUCCGGAAAUCAAUAAUACAAAUUCUAAUUUCCGGGUGUAUUUUUCACAAAACAAAUUAGGAAUUGUUCAGGAUUCGAUUUUAUCUUUUUCGCUUAUAAAAAAUUUACGGUCUUUGUUGGUAAGUGACGCACAAUCUGAUGUCGCUUGUCUACACGGAAUACGAUUUAUUAGUUUAUCAUGGGUAGUUUUGGGGCAUACGUUUUUGUUUGUCUUAAGUGCGAUUGGAAAUCCUAUUUUUCUUUUAACUCUUUUCAAAAGAUGGUCAUUCCAACCUAUUGCAAAUGCAACACCGUCAGUAGAUACAUUUUUUAUGAUGAGUGGAACCUUGGUCGCUUACUUAACAUUAAAAGAAUUAAAGAAAGGUGGAGUUAAUUGGUUUUAUUAUUAUUUUCACAGAUUUUGGAGACUGACGCCAAUGUACAUGCUUCUAUUGGCUGCAAUGACAACUCUCUCACGUUAUUGGGCGACUGGUCCACUCUAUCCCAAUAACGUCGGCUUGGCUCCUAAAUGCUAUAGUAUGUGGUGGCAAAAUUUACUCUACUUGAAUAACAUAGCAUUUGGAAAAUGGGAAUCAUCAGCAAUGCAGUGUUUCGGGUGGGCUUGGUAUUUGGCCAACGACAUGCAAUUUUACAUUUUAAGUCCAAUUUUUAUUUAUCCUCUAUACAGAAAACCGAAAUUAGGAAUUGCCAUAAAUAUUUUUGUUUUAACAUCGAGUAUUAUUGUUUCAGCAGUGAUUUCGGGUCACUUUAAGUUUCCAAUGUCUAUGAUAUCAAUGGGUGGUUCAACAGAAUAUAUGAGACAACUUUACAUACCACCAUGGACUAGAAUUGGAGCUUAUAUAGUUGGAAUAUUAACGGGCUAUAUACUAUAUAAAUACGAUCUAAAAGUUAAAAUAAAUAGAUUUGUAGCUCUUUUGGGAUGGUGUACUGCAACUGCAGUAGCACUUGCCAUAUUUUACGGACCUAUUGAAGAAAACAGAGGAUUUAAACAACCUCUUAUUGCCUCAAUUUUGUAUAAUUCACUGAACAGACCCGCAUGGGCUUUAUGCGUAUCCUGGGUGCUUGUUUGUUGUGUCUCUGGCUAUGGAGGAAUAGUCAACUCAAUCUUGUCUUGGAAAGGCUGGACGGUACCAAGUAGAUUGACAUACGCCGCCUACCUAAGUCACCCAAUAAUAAUGACGACAUAUGCAGUAGCCCUUAAAAGCAAUUUAAUUGUCGACGACUCAGCAUUGGUGGCUUUCUUUCUUGCCUUCAUGACGGCAACUCUCCUAUUUUCCGUCAUUAUCAGCGCAACACUAGAAUCUCCUUUUCGACAAGUUGAAAAAGUUUUCCUCAAACAUAUUAAAAUGUAUAAAGAACAUAGAAAAAUGUUCAAUGAAUAA